AUGAAGUCUUCACUGUGGAGCCUGUUGUUCGGCACCUCUCUGCUGCUCUCUGAGGUUCUGGCCACUUAUCACCUCAGUGCUUUGGAUCCUCAGGUGGUCGCUGCACAGAGCUACGCUCAGACCAGAAACAAUGGUCGACCACCGACCAGGACCCUGAAUCCUGCAAUUCACAGAAGUGAUUACACGUAUAGAGGAGGGUAUCACUACCACUACCAGCCACCACGGAUCCCUCCACCGGUUGUGUAUCAUCCUGUUCCUCUCUCUCCACCAGUGACUUACCACAGACCCUUCAUCCCCAUGCCGCCCUAUCACCACAGGUUCUCGGGGCCGGUGGCGCCGCACAUGCACCACAUAUACAAAGGCUUAUCUCCCCCUGUAGCUUUCCAGCCACAACACAGGGUCAAAGGCCCGUUUCCUUACAAAUUUAAAGUUCCGUGCCCCACAAGGUCAGACCCCACGGUACCAGCAACACCGGUGGUCCAACUCCCAACUGAGCCAGAGCCAACGGUGCUGCCAACUCUGCCUGCCACCACAGCGGCACCGCUGACCACCACCAUGCCGGCGGUGGUGACCACAGUGGAGACCCCCGCUCCUGUGACGCUACUGGUCAGUACCCACAGAGGCCUCAUCGCCAACGUCAGUCAUGUGGAGACAGAGACGGACUCCACGUGCAGGAGCCGCCUCCUGGACCUGGUCUUCAUCAUCGACAGCUCUCGCAGCGUUCGUCCUGGUGAGUUUGAGAAGGUCAAGAUCUUCCUGGCUGACAUGGUGGACACUCUGGAGGUGGGCCCGGACGCCACCAGAGUGGCUGUGGUCAACUACGCCAGCACCGUCAAGAUCGAGUUCCUGCUCAAAGACCACUUCAACAAACCUGACAUGAAGAAAGCCAUCUCCCGCAUCGGGCCCUUGGCGGCAGGGACCAUGACCGGCCUCGCCAUCAAAUCUGCAAUGAACGAGGCCUUCACCGAGCAGUCCGGAGCCCGGCCUCGCUCGGGGAACAUCUCCAAGGUGGCCAUCAUUGUGACGGACGGGAGACCUCAAGACCAGGUGGAGGAAGUGUCCGCCUCAGCGCGGGCCUCUGGCAUCGAGAUCUACGCCGUCGGGGUGGACCGUGCAGACAUGCGCUCGCUGCAGCUGAUGGCCAGCAUCCCUCUGGACGACCACGUGUUCUACGUGGAGACGUACGGCGUUAUUGAGAAGCUCACCUCCAAGUUCAGGGAGACGCUGUGCGGUCUGGACUCCUGCGCCAUGGGACACGAGUGCCAACACGUGUGUGUCAACAGCAACGUCUCCUAUUACUGCAAGUGUCGCGCCAGUUACACCCUGAACCCUGACAUGAAAACAUGUUCCCUGAAACAGAUGAAGGUGGAGGUGGUGGUGGUGGAUCCCUGUAAAUGCGAGUCCAGACUGGCCUUCCAGAAGCAGACACAGGCGGCCAUCCAGCAGCUCACAGCCAAGCUGGCGGAUGUGUCUGGGAGAAUAGAGCAUCUGGAGAACGCGCUGGGCCGUGCAUGA